AUGACCGACAACUUUUGGGAACAACGUAAACUUCAACUCGAGCAAGAAAAGCAAGCCGAAAAGGAAAGAAAGGCUGCCGAACGAAAAGAGAAGCUAGCACAACAACAAGAAGCUUCCGCCUCUUCUGCAAUCCCUCAACAACAACAACCAUCACAACAACAAGAAAAGCCCAAGAAAAAGCCAGCCACUCAAUCACAACAACAACAGCACAAAAAGAAGGCUUUCAAAAAGAAUUAUGAACAACAACAACACAACACCUCAAGUAACGGAACUAAAGUUCAACCAUCCUCUUCUGAAGACCCUGAUUUCCAAACAGUGGAAAGAAAAACCGGAGGAAGAAGACAAUUCCAGAGAAAGCCAAAGAAGAAUUUCGAAAAUGGAGAAAAGAAGAAGAAUAACAACAACAACUCUAGCAGCAACAAUAAGGAAGUAGUCAAGAAGGAAGAAAAGCCAACAACAACAGAAACUGUCAUUCAGCCUGCACAAGUGAAAGUUUUCGCUUCACCUGCUGCUGAGGCUUCUACUACUAGUGCUGCCCUCAGUGAUUGGGCUUCCCUUUUGAAACCAACGGCCAAUGUCGCAUCUCAAGAUGCCACCAGUUCUAGCGGAGCUGCUGAUAAUUCAACCAACAACAAGAAGAAACAAGAUAAGAAGAAUGUGGUUGCUACUAAGAAACCAUCCUCUUCCGACAUCAAUGGUACCAAGCAAAUAAGUUCCAAACCACAGAAGGAUUUCGAGUCUGGAAAGAAUAUUCUCAGAUCCACAGAGGUUGAAGUUGACCAACAUUUGUUGGAUGAAGUUGGUGUCUUUAUUCAACCAAGAGGUAUGACCAACAUUAACAAUUCUUGUUAUAUGAAUGCAGUUUUGCAAAGCUUGGUCAGCCUUCCUCACUUUUAUCAUUUAAUGAAGAGACUUGGAAAGCUUUCACUUGACAAUGAUGAAUAUCCGCUCACAAAUAAGAUGGCACGUUUGGUCAAUGAAUUCCAAGUCAUGAAAGGUGCUCGUUCUCAAAAUGGAGAACAAAAAGAAAGAAAAUACUUUAUUAAUGCUUCUUAUGAAAAGUUAACUCCUUCCUAUAUUGUGGACUAUGUUCAACAAUCUUCCACAAACUUGGAAGACUCCUUCCUCUUGGGUACUCAACAUGAUGCUCAUGAAUUUUUGACUUAUUUGUUGGAAAGACUUCAUGAGGAACUCAAGAAAACUGAGAAAACAUUGGGCAGAAAGAGUCCAUCUUCAACCAAGAAGAACAAGAAGGAUCAACAAGAAGAGUCUUCUGAAGUUGCCACCGCCACUGACUUGGCAACAAACGUUGAAGACAAAUGGCAAGAAGUUGGAAAAAAGAACAAGUCCAACGUCAUUCGUGAACAUGAAAUGGGUGAUAACAGCGCCAUCUCCCGUAUUUUCUGUGGAAAGAUGAAAAGCUUUGUUCAAAAACAAGGUGAGAAAGGAAGUGCUGUUGUCGAGCCAUUCUUUAGUUUGCAUUUGCCAAUCAAGGAUGACAACAUUAAGGGCAUUAAGUUCGCCUUAAGAGAAAUGACCAAGGAAGAGAACGUUUUGGAUAAGAAUGCCAAGUCCACAAUUUAUCAACUUCCAAAAGUUCUCAUCUUGCACUUGAGAAGAUUCGAUUUCUCUACAACUGAAGGCAUCCAAAAGAUUUCCAAGCGUAUUCGAUUUGAUUAUGAGCUAAUUAUUGAUGACAAGGUUGUUCCUAACAUCAAGCAAAUUGCUGGGAAAUCAUUCUUGAGAUAUAGACUCGCUAGUGUGAUUUGCCAUCACGGAAAGGAAGCAUCAGGUGGUCACUACAGCACCUUUAUUCAACAUGGAUGUGGUAAAUGGAUUCAUAUCGAUGACACCAAGAUAACUGUUGUAAGCUUGCAACAUGUCUUGGAUCAGCAAGCAUAUAUUCUCACCUACGUCCAAGAUGACAACCAGGAACAUUAUAAUUUGUAUGGUGAAGGCUCGUCAUCAUCUCCAUUGUUCAGCAUUGAUCACAAUGAUUUCAAAGAAAAGAAGGAAAAGAGGGAGAAGAAGAAGGACGGAAACACCAAACAAGAGCAAAAGGCCGUCUCUCCAUCCACACCAACUCAAACCACCACCACUACAGUUUAA